AUGGGUCAGAAGUGACCCGGCUGAGUUUUUAUCUUCUAUAUCUUUGCAAUAAAUUAAUUCCAUCAUUCAGUAUUCAAGGGAUGUAGCUCAGUAUCCUGUGGUGCCUGGAUCUGAUCUCCAAAACAAAGUGUGAAAUGGACCAGCAGCAGCAGGAGGGGGCGUGGUAUCACGAUGGUGGCUCUCCAUCGUGAUGGAUGACAUCGGCACAGCCCUAAUCAGCGCCAACCAAUCAGAGACGAUCACAAAUGAGUCGUCUAACCGUCGCCAAACAUUUGCCAAAUCUUCAUGAACCCUUCGCCCAACUUGAUGAAGAAUGGUGAAAUGUAAAUGCGCUUUUUAAGUCUCGGCGAAGGUUAGGCUACGUCUCGCUGCUGUGUCGCCGAGGCUCCCAUGAGCAUCACGGUUAUGGAUUCAAGACAAAUAGGCUCUCACAAAGGUUCCCGAGCUUCAGAAAGUAUUCCCAAACCCAUCUGUGAGGAUUCACUGUGUAGUUUGCCACCGAAAACAUCACCACCAGACUUCAGUGCAUGCAUUGAAAUUUUUCGUGACAUUUUUGGCCACACAUGAGGUGGAGAUGCACCAAAAAACAACUCACGAAGCUUGGAAAACAGUUGCAGUAACAUCACCACCAAUCUGCGGCCUGCUCACAGUGCAUAAUGGGAAAUCAGAACUCGUAGCUUUCUUGGCCAGAAAUGAAACAGUUUCCAAGCACUUGAAGCACCUUUCUUGUGUCUGUGAUGGGUUCUAGGAGGCCAGAGAGAGCAUGACGGCUACGAAACGCCAGGAGCAGUGCAGUGUGCUGGACGCUCUGAGACGACACUACCUGUUCAUGUACAACCUGCUUCAGUUCCUGGGCUUCUCCUGGACCUUCAGCCUCCUGACAGCCAACCUCAUACUGCACGGACAAGGUGCCGUGUACAGUGCGUUUAGCUCCUGUGCCACUGUGCUCUACGGCUGUCAGAUGCUGGCGGUACUGGAGGUGAUUAAUGCAGCAGUCGGUCUCAUAAAGACUCCCGUCAUCCCCGCCAUGAUACAGGUGAUGGGGAGGAACGUCGUUCUGUUCGUGGUUUUCGGCAGUUUGCAGGAGAUGCAGGAGCGCAGUGUGGUGUUCUGGGUUUUUUACCUGUGGAGCAUCUCUGAGGUCUUCAGGCUUGCGUUUCCUGUGCUGAGCCUCGACGCCAAGUUCGGGAUGCUGAUCUGGCUCCGCCACACGCUGCUGUAUCCCCUCACCACUCUGACAGAAGCUGUUGCUGUGCUCCAGUCUCUCCCGCUGUUCGAUCAGACCAGACUGUUCAGCGUGCCCCUCCCUGAGGCAGUGGGCUUCUCCGUCAGCUUCUCCUUCUCGCUCCGACUCUACCUCCUCCUCAUGUUUUUUGGAUUUUUUAUAAACAUUAGACACCUGGUGAACCCAAGCAGACGAGCUUUUCGGCUGAAACCCCACACAGACUGAUGUUUCCAUGGUGAUCUAUUCCUCUUUAAAUAUAUCUAAAGUACGCUGUCUGGAUCACAGCAAGUACUCAGUGGGAAGUUAUUUGCUUUGUAUUUCUGAAUGUAUUUUGAUAAGUAUAACCGUUCUGUCAGUCUUGUAUCGGCUUGCGGAACACAUGCCAGAGUCGCUGCUGUUGGGAGGAGCUGAUGAUUAGCCGUGGUGUUAGAAGAUGCUCAGGAUAAUAUUUCAGACUGGAUGGAACUGGUUCUUCAGUCGACUGCAUAACACUACAACGGGGGGGAAAAAUUAUACACACACACACACACACACGCACAGUAUUGUGCAGAAGUCUUAGGCAUGUGUAAAGAAAUGCUGUCGACCAAAAAUGGCUUAAAAAUAAUGAAAUGAAAUGUUUCAACUUUUAAAAAGUACUCUAAACAGUAAUCAGUGAGCUAUAAUAAAUGAAACAAAGUCAGUGUUUGGUGUGUGCGGAAGCCGAGAGAGGCCCUUCAUAUAAUCCUUUUUUUAUUCACCUUGUUAU